UGCAUGCAAGUUUUUGAUUUCUGCUCGAUAAAUCGCAGCUUAUAAUUAUUAUGCCUUUAUGUUCGGCGUAUGCAAUACAUUUAGAUAUAUUUCCAUAAACGGACGAGUGGCGCGCGCGCAAACGACGAAAAGCUCGAACCGUUGAUAAUGACAAAAACCGCAGUCACGCAAAAACUGUAGUUUUUUUCCGAACGCCCGUUGCAUUUCGCGGUUUCGUCCAAUUUAAAAAUGGAGUUUGGCCAAACGCGAGACUUUUCCGAAUUUUGCGAGCAGUUGAACGAGGUACGCGUAAAAUUCCAAAAGUGGGACAGCUGUGAGAAAACAGUGGCGCUCUUUUAUCUGAUGGUCGGUUUGCCGUUUUCCAACGCGCGUUUUUUACAAAAUGCGCUCGAUCAGCUUGUGAAGUCGAUUUCGAGUCCGGAAACUCAAAUACUCGAGAGGCACGCCAACGAUUGCAACGUGAUAUCGAGUUUUUUAAAGGAAAACCCGCAAAUGGCGCUAUGCUUGUUGCUCAAUCAUUUGCCGAUGCUCAAGCCCGGCAACCGGGAAGCGGCUAGGUGUUACUUGAACACGAUUAGACGAAUAUUGACCGAAUUCAUCGCUCCACCGUUUAAAAAAAUUUAUAAUGAGUGCGUUGAAAUCAUGUCUUACGUGUACAUUCAUCCCGCGUUCGAUAAGGAGGACAAGACGUCGUUCAAACAUCUUUUAAAACAAGUUCUAAACAAGGUCAGCCCAGAAAACUUCAUACAUUCGCCAGUGAACGAAUCGAGCGAUGAAUGCGUCAGCCCGAAUCCGGAAUUUUACACAACCGAUAAGCGACGAUGUAACAGUCUCACUCCUGCUAUGAUUUAUGGCCUCGAGGCAGACAACUGGUCGUCGCAGGAGAAUUUGACACCAGCAAUUGCCAAACCCAGAAGUUAUUCCUUGUCCUGCGACAAAACUACGACCGAGUCUGGAUCUGGUAUCCAACUGAGCAGUUCGGAAACGAAACUCCAAGAAAUUAUGCUCAAAAACAGUCAGCCGUUAAUGAAGAGCAUACUGUCAUGGUUGAAAUCUUUGCGGUUGCAUAAAUAUAGCUGGAUAUUUCACAACCUGACCACGCAUCAGAUGCUCAACCUCUCUGAGGAUUAUUUAAUAGAAGUGGGGGUCACCAAAGGUGCGCGUCAGAAACUCUUGCUCAGCUUGCAACGUCUAACGGAAAGAAGUGCAGUUCUGGCAGAGCUAGAAGUGGACAUUCGGAAUGGGGGAGACAUCUACGACACUCUAAAGAAACUUAAGGUCAUCCUUCAGAGUCCUCUGCAGCUAUCGUUGGGCGAAGAUCUACCCUCGCAGUUCGUCAGGGUGAUGGGGAAGGUUUGCAGUCAGCUCUUGAUGCUCAGGCAGCCAAGUGAUGAAAGUUUAGUCCUUUUCAAUACAUUAUGUGAAAAGGCCGAUAACGUGGACAGUUUUACUACGGAACAACGACGUAAAUUGAACAUGUGGAAGGAACAAUUGGAUACCGGAAAUGUUUUGCCUUUGUGCGCCCAGCGGCAGGGAUGUUACAGGAACCUCAGGAUCGUUAAAACCAAAUAUCCGGCGGCUCCUAGUCCUCAAAAAAUCACUUUUGAGCAGUCGUCUUACGCCCCCAAGAGCUCUUCAUAUCCGAACGUCGAUACGAACCAAACUGUCAUAGCUCAUAGACACUCGGUUGACAGUGUUACUCUAAAAAAUCAACUGUCACGCGUGAGGCCCGAACUGGACUCUUGCUCGUAUUUUAGCAACAGUUUCCACAAAACGAGCGGCUUGGGGCCGAGUAAGAAACACGAAUCUAUCAACAAAACGAGUUUCGAUAUAGAAAGCAGUUUAGAAUCGUUGUGUUUGCAGAUGAUGGAGCACGCCCUUGGACCAUAGUUUAGCGAAACGUUUUAAAAUAUUAUAUUGACGACUUUAGUUUGCAGAAGGCUAAAAAGCGAGUAAAAAUUUUCAUUGGUUUUAAUGUUUUUUAUCAUUUCUCUUUGCGGUAAAAAAAUUAUUGCCUGCUGGGACGGCAACCGAAAGAGCUGUACAUAUUCAAAGUAUUUUAUAUUACUUAUUCAUAUUGUAUCUUCGAAAUGAAAAGAGUAUGUUUUAUAUUACUACUGCUGGCAGAGAAAUGUUUUUGUUACAGAACUCAUAUUUAUAUCGUAGUCACAUAUUUUUCUAAGACUGUUAUUUUUUUUUUUUUUUUGAGUACUUGUGUUCAAUGUGGUAUAUUGUUGUAGACCAACAUGCAAAUGUAAUUGUUACGAAAGAUUUGUUAGAUUUUAAGCGAAAUCGCGUGUUUGUGAUUCAUAUUUGUGUGAUACUGAUGUGGCCUAAGAAGGCUCAAAACAAAAGACUGAUAUGCUAAUAGA